GCCGCGACCCCCAAAUCGGUGUGCGAAGGGUGUCAGCGAGUGAUUUUGGACCGGUUCUUGCUGCGCCUGAACGACAGCCUGUGGCAUGAGCAGUGCGUCCAGUGCGCGUCCUGCAAGGAGCCCCUGCAGACCACCUGCUUCUACCGCGACAAGAAGCUCUACUGCAAGCUGGACUAUGAGAAGCUGUUCGCGGUGAAGUGCGCGGGCUGCCUGGAGGCCGUGGCGCCCAGCGAGCUGGUGAUGCGCGCCCAGAAGAGCGUCUACCACCUGCACUGCUUCUGCUGCUGCGUCUGCGAGCGGCGCCUGCAGAAGGGCGACGAGUUCGUGCUGAAGGAGGGGCAGCUCCUCUGUAAGGGCGACUACGAGAAGGAGCGGGAGCUGCUGAGCUUGGUGAGCCCGGCUCUGUCGGAUUCUGGCAAAAGUGAUGAUGAAGACAGCAUCUGCAAGUUGGGCCAGGCCUCGGGGAAGGGCACUGAGGAUGGGAAGGAUCACAAACGGCCCAAGAGGCCUCGGACCAUCCUGACCACGCAGCAGCGGAGAGCAUUCAAGGCAUCAUUUGAGGUCUCCUCCAAGCCCUGCAGAAAGGUGCGGGAGACGCUGGCAGCAGAGACGGGGCUGAGCGUCCGUGUGGUGCAGGUCUGGUUCCAGAACCAGCGAGCCAAGAUGAAGAAGCUCGCCAGGAGGCAGCAGCAGCAGCAGCAGGACCAGCAAAACACGCAGCGCCUGAGCUCAGCCCAGACAAACGGCGGGGGCGGCGGCACAGGGCUGGAGGGGAUGCUGAACCCUUACACCGCUCUGCCCCCGCCCCAGCAGCUGCUGGGCAUGGAGCAGAGUGUCUACGGCUCCGACCCUUUCCGGCAAGGGCUCACCCCGCCCCAGAUGCCUGGAGACCACAUGCACCCCUAUGGUGCCGAGCCCCUCUUCCACGACCUGGACAGCGACGAUACCUCACUGAGCAACCUGGGGGACUGCUUCCUGGGCACGGCAGACGCAGGGCCGCUCCAGGCACGAGUGGGAAACCCCAUCGACCACCUGUACUCCAUGCAGAACUCCUACUUCACCUCCUGAGCACAGCGUGGUCCCCCCAGGAGGGGCCGCAGAGCUCCCCGGGGCUGGGAGGGAGGGGAGCGACACUGCUGGGACGCCGUCAAAUAAUGUUGUAGCUUGGGAUUCCCAAGGAGCGAGUUAAGUUAUGGGUUGCAUAGUUUCAUGUUUCUCUUAGGAGCCUAGGAUUAGGGACAGGAGUGGUUUUUGCAGCUGGCUGGUGGAUUUUCAAAUUUCAAAUGGGGGGGCACACAUUUCUCGCUGCAGCAGGGGGAAGGGGGAUUCUCCCGUAGGAGCAUCCCAGCGCUGAAUCCCACCUUUAGGAAGAGCAUACUGCUGGUCCUCAUGGAGAAAACCUGCAGCAUCUGCUGGCCUUUGAAAUUUGGAAGGCUGACAGCGCCUUGGAGAAACACGAGGGGAAAAUCGCCGCAGGGGUUUUUUUUUUCCCCCCCCCUCUCUUCCCUCAACCAGUUGGAGUGCCCGCUGCUUAAACGUAGGGACUUUUAAGAUAGAUGUUCCCAUGCGAAUAUAGAAAGCUAGAAACCCCUAACAUUGCCCCUGUUCCUGAGGACGGGGCUGUGUGUGUGGAUGUGUGUGUGUGUGGGCGCGCGCGCGUGUUGCGUGCAGAGCUGUGUGGCCGGGAGUGUUGCGCUGCACGGCCACGCCCGCCAGAUUGUAUCAACAAAAAAAAAAAAAAAAAGUUUAUUUCUAAGUCUAUCAGAAAUUUACUGUACAGCAAAAGUAACUUUAUUUUCAGUGUGAACCAUAUUUAAGGAAAAUACUCAAUGCACUUAAGUUAUAAGAGGAAAUAAUUUUACUUUUUAUAAACGUUAUGUUUAGGUUGCAAAAGCCCAGUGGCAGGGAAGGGACAUCAGUUCAUUUCAGGCGACAGGUUUGGGUUUUGGGGUUGGUUAUUUUUGGUGUUCUCAGGUUGCCCCACUGGCUUCGAGGUGCAGUUGAAGCACAGAGUGGAGCUGGGUCCAGAAAUCUGCUUUAUGCCAGCAGAUUGAUGGGGGCAGCGUGGUGGCCAAGUCCUGUCCCCACUGCUGGACGUGUCCAGGAGGUCAGUGUGGGGUGGACAUGCUGGACAUCCAAGCCCAUCGGGGCUCAGCCCUGCUUCUCCACCAGUGACCCCAUCCCAUGUCCCCAAAUCUGGGUGCUAGGCCGGUGUGAGCUGGUGUCCUGGCACCGGGAAACGCUGCAGCCCAAGGAAGCAGAAAGGUGGGACAGCCCUGCCUUUCCCACCCCGCGCUCAGCUUCAUCCCUGCCAGAACUCUGGGAACCUGGGGAAAGUUCUCCUUGGGGUCGAGCCUCCAGCUGGCCCUCACCUCAUCCCCACUCUCGUUUUCAUGCGUUGUGUCCUUUUGUGCUGCUGUUCACGAGCGAUGUAAGCGACAACCCGUAGAGACGUGCAAGUGACUGUGAGGCUCAAAACACUGGCUCGUCGCCGCCGUCCGGUCUGACACUGAAUGUAGCAGGGUCUGGAGAUGGCUGAUUUUCUGACAGCACUGUCAGAAAUCACGCACCAAGAUGAAAUUAAAAAGACAAAAA